CCGUCUUCUUGAAUCUUGAAGCAAAAUUAUUUCUUCAAACAGUUCUCACCUGCCAGCUUCUUAGUGAGCAAGAUAGAGAAAUCGAAUCAGGUUUUUCUGUACGGAAGAAUGGAGAAGAUGAAUCAUGCUUUUGAGAAGGUCAAGAUUUUGGUUGGUAUGGAGGUCGAAGAAGAAGAACCGGCUCAAGAAGAGAGCUCUUUCGCAUUCAUAGACGACUUCAAUCGCAACUGCACCUUCUCUACCAAGCAGAGGCUUUAUGGGUUUGCAAUAUGCUUGGCUUCGGGUUUGACCUUUACCCUCCUGUCACUGCUUGUUUUCUUCAACCCAAUCAAAUUUGGAAUAACUUUCACAUUUGGCAAUUUAAUGUCACUUGGGAGCACAGCAUUUCUCAUUGGCCCACAAAGACAAUUUUCAAUGAUGCUGGACCCUGUUCGCAUUUACGCAACGGCCAUAUACUUUGCAAGCAUGAUAAUAGCACUCUUUUGUGCGCUCUAUGUCCACAACAAGAUAUUGACACUUUUCGCCAUCAUCUUGGAGUUUGGAGCACUUAUUUGGUAUGUCCUAUGAGCUAUUUGUUGCCAAUAAAUUGUAUUCUAUUGUCUGCCUUGCUUUAGACAUCUAAUGUGUUUGAAUUUCACAUAAAGUUAAGAAUGAUAUUGAUAUGUGAAAAUAUAGGAAGUAUAAGUCUUUUUCUUUCCUAGGCAUGAUUUAUGCAAUCUGCUGUCUUUUCUAGAACUUUUCAUCUAUAUUGAAUGAGUUAGAUGAUAUUUUGACUGCCUAUUUUUUUUUUCCUUGGAGUAAUCUUUAUCAUUAAGUUUGUUUUCUGCAUACCGCCAACCCAAAUAAAAUAUAGAAAGUAUUAACAUUGUUUAUACUAGCUAAAUAACAGCAAAGGUGAAUUUGGAUAAAUGUUUAUGCAAAAUAUCUAUUUAGUGAAUGAGUCGCAUUAUUUAAGUAUACUCUCCAUAUAUUUAUUUAUUUCUUGAAAGAAGGUAAACUUUUUUAAC